UUGUCAGCAUAUGGAGAGUAGCUGUCGCGGCGAACUUCGCAAUCUGCGGCGACGUUGGAGACAAGGCAGCCGUCGUCAACAUCGAUGUUUGGACCUCGUAGGCAUCGUCGUGCAUCGACUAUGUUCUCGCCGCCAGCCAGUUCAUCACUUUGGAUUCAUCAUUCUGACAAAAUUCUCUCCGUAUAUCACACCCUGCUGCAAUUUCAUGUCGUGCCCCGGGUUUGGACUUUGGACCCGAAUUCUUUGGAGAGUUGGAUUGAUCGAUUCCUGAUAGAUGGACAGCUCGUUGCAGCGCGCCAGAAGAAGAAGCGGCUACGAGCCGUCGGAUACGGAGACUGACUGGCAUGAAAGCCCUAAGCGCGAGAUUAGGCGGCAGCCGUCUGAUAAUGCGGCGGACUAUGAUCUUCUCAAUCGCCAUGAAAUUGGUAAUGGUACACCUCGGAGGAGGCACAGCAAGUCUCCGUACAGACCGCGUGGAGAAGCCGACGGUGUUUUGAAACCUGAUUUGCGCAGAAAUGUGAGCCCUCUUUCUCGAAGAACUUACUCUGAUAGAUAUGUUAGUCCAUUCGUGAUGUCUGAACAACGGAGGGCAAAUUGUAGCGAUAAUGCUGGUAAAGCUUGUCAGUUUUCGCAAUCUGAGCGUAGGACUAAUACUGAUAAUGAUAGGAAAACUAGUGUCAGUCCUUUUGCAAUGUAUGAUCGCAGGAGCCAUUUUGAUACCGACAAAGCUGCAGGGGAGUAUUUCGAAGCCAGUAGGGGGCGUGAACGCUCGGGUUAUGGUAGGCGGGCAGCAUCCACCCCAAAAGGGAGGUUAAGAGUGAGAGGACAGCAAAUAAGCAAUGAUCAAGGGGAGCAUAAGAAAGAGCACAGAAAGCUUUCCCCAUUGCCUAACAACCACAAGCAUGGUGGCCCUUUGGGGGGUGAGAUCAAUGAAAUGGUGGCAAAAGCCAAGAUAUCCCGUGGGUUGAACAGACAUGCUGUUGACAUUGAGAGCACUGAUUCCAUUUCUCCGGGAGAUAUUUUCUUCUCCCGGGUGAUUCCAUCUCAUCCAAAGGAGCUUCUGCCCAAGCCACCGGGUUAUGUUGAUGCAACUGCAGAGAAGGCACCGUUCAACAAUAAUUCUCGAGGAAUGUCACAAAUGACCACAAAUUCUACUUCUGGUGUUAGCAGGCAAAGCAGCACUUUAAGUGGCUCAACUACGACUACUAGUGCGAGUGCAAGAAAGUUUAUAGCAAACAGGCGAAAGAGUCACUCAGAUGUGUGGUUUUCUUGCAUUAAGAAAGGAACUUGCAGGAAGUCCAAUAAAUCUCCAGAGAAAGACAGGCCUUUUGAUGAAGCUUUGUUUAUUAGUAAUGCGGUUGUGGUUGAAAGAUUGAGACCACUUUGGGCUGAUAAACAUCAGCCUGCUUUGUUGAGCAGGUUCACUUUUCACAAGCAAGAAGCACUGCUUCUACAGAAAAUUGCAAACAGUGAUAUCUUUCCUCACAUCUUGAUGAAAGGACCUCCUGGUACUUGUAAGAAAGCAUUGACAAUGGCACUUCUCCAAGAGAUAUAUGGGGAAUCUGUUUCGAAUAUAUCACACGACUUACGGUACUUUCACAUUAUGGAACCAAGGCCGAUGCAAAUUGUUGUUCCAGUUACUUCGAGCCCUCACCAUGUGGAGCUCAAUGUAUACUCAGAACCAAAAGCAGCAUAUGCAUUAACAGCCCUAGUCAAGAAAAUAAGCAGCGAGCAUGCGGCCCCCCCAGAAAUAAGUGUUGUUCCUUUGAGGGCAGAUUAUAAAGUAUUGGUUCUCUAUGAUGUUGACAAAGCUACGGAUAACAUGCAACACUUGAUAAAAUGGAUCAUGGACUGCUACACCGAUUCUUGCAAACUACUUAUCUCCUGUGAAGAUGAUGUAGAUGUUAUUGAAUCUGUAAAGAGCCGCUGCAAGGUCAUCGAAGUUGAACCUCUCAAAACUCAUGAGGUAAUGGAGGUUCUUUCCCAGAUAGCUAAAGAAGAAGGCUUUGAACUAUCGAUGAGUUUUGCUGCCAAGAUUGCAAACAAAUCAAAGCAUAAUCUAAGGAGAGCAAUCAUGGCACUUGAAGCCUGCAAAGCGCACAAUUAUCCUUUUUCUGAAGACCAACCUAUUCCUCUCGGAUGGGAAGAUGUUGUUGUUGAACUAGCGGCAGAUAUUUUAGCAGAUCCAAUGUCAAAGAGAUUAUUUAUUGUAAGGGGGAAGAUCCAAAAACUUCUGGCCGAUUAUGUUCAUCCAAGAUUAAUCCUCCUGAAGCUUGUCGAGCAAUUACUUCAUGGCAUUGAGGCUAGUCGGAAGAGGGAAGUUUACUAUUGGUAUGCUUACUACGAUAAGAAACUCCCUAUCGGGAUGACUGCCUUAUUAAAACUAGAAGAGUUUGUGGCCAAGUUCAUGAGCAUAUACAGGAAGGGUUCUUCGGCAGGCCGCCAAUUUUAGCACACAUUUCAGGUGAUGACUAAACACAUCAUAGAUGGUUGUGAUUUGGAGAAAGUAAAUUUUUUCUUUUCUGCUUCAAUUUGCCAUGCUCGAUUACAACGUACAACGAUAGAAACCAUUUUUGAUGAACUUCAAUUUUUUACUGAACUAUCAAGUGCUCGUUGUUGUGUGCGACACUACUACGUGCAUUAGUCACAACAUUUGGAUUCAUUAGUGUAUUUGUGAGGGAAAAGAGAAACCCGAGAAAGACCACACGCUUAGUCGCGUAUGAGUAAAAAUUGUGUGUUUAUCAUAGGCUCCGAGAAGUUCAAAAUGAUGUGAAAUACACCUGAGAUUCGAUUGAUUCUGUAUUGUGUUAUUCAUG